AUGACAACGCUCAGCAUUGCUCAUUUCAAUGAUGUCUACCGCGUGCAACCGUUCAAGCUGCAUCCCAAAUCCCCGGAGACGAUCGAUGUAACCCAAUGGGCUGCCUUGCUUGACGAUGUUCGAGAUCAGUGGCCUCUAAGGGAAGAUGGAAAGCGUGACGGACUGGUAUUAUUCUCGGGCGACGUUUUCAGCCCAUCGGUGGAGAGCUCUGUCACUAGAGGAAGUCAUAUGGUUCCCAUCAUGAAUGCAAUCGCUCCAGAUAUCUCCCUUACAGGAAACCACGACUUCGACUUCGGGUACCCUCAUCUAUCCAAGCUGAUCAAAGACACAAACUUUCCAUGGCUCCUGAGCAACAUCAUCGACACUGAGACUUCUCGUGUCCCGGAAGGCUUGCUCGAGUUCUACGUGUUCGAGCGAGCCGGUAUCCGUAUUGGCAUCAUUGGGCUCGUGGAGAAGGAAUGGAUAGCCACCGUCUCCACUUGGCCAUCCAACUUCAAGUACAAGGACAUGGCGGAGGUCGCUAUCGACCUUUCCAAGCGUUUGCGGGACCCAGAAGGCGAGCACAAGUGUGAAGUCGUCAUUGCACUGACUCAUGCCAGGUCGGCCCGCUUAGAACGGACUCAAUUUCUCUUUGACAAAGUGGCUUGCUACCAGGACGUCGCGCUUGCCAAGGCGAUUAACGCUCUGUCACCGUCCGCACAAGAGACGAACCCUAUCCAUAACCUACAUGGCGCCGAUAUCAUCUUCGGAGGUCAUGACCAUCUGUACUACAUAUCCAAGGGCGUAACGUCUUGGGAAAAUUACGACGUGAACCAGGAGGUCCUUGGCGGAGAGCAGGAUCAUGGCGACGUCCUCGUCGUCAAGAGCGGAACGGACUUCAGGGACUUAAGUGAACUAACCCUGGAACUUGCAGAUACCCCUGAAGGGAGCGUGCGGAGGAAGGUUAUCAAGGUUGUCAAAGGAAAGCAUCAUGAAACGAGGCCAGACUGCAGGAAGAAUGAGCGUGUGGCAGAACUGCUCAAGGAUCUCCUUUCGUCUGUCUCCUCUGCACUCAAAACACCCGUCUGCAAGAGCGCGGUGGAAUUGGACCUCCGCUCUUCGCUGAUUCGCGUGCAAGAAACCGCUGCAGCGAACUGGUUUGCCGAUGUCCUCCGUCAUGCAUACGAUGAUGCGCUUUGUCUUCAGACCGGCGGAGGGUCCGACGGUGUUUUCAUUUGCGCUGGUACCCUGCGAGGAGACUCAGUAUAUGGCCCGGGUCCCAUAACCCUGGGAAAUAUUCUCGAGAUCUUGCCGUUUGAGGAUCCGAUCGUCGUCCUUGAACUGGAUGGCGAGACCAUCUGGGCUGCGCUCGAAGCAUCGCUCGAGACGUGGCCGGCGCAAGAAGGACGCUUCCCGGUGAUCUCUGGCUUCCGUGUGUCUUGGGACUCCCGUCGUCCCCCGGGCCAACGCGUGCUAGGCGUCUGGCUUCUCCAGGAGCAACCCAGUGGUAGCACGAGCAAUUCUGGUGCCACCACUCCCACGUCGCCCGCGCACAGUGGUUACGUAUCUUCGGAACGGCGAGGGUCUGCAUCGUCUUCUAUGACGAGCCUAUUGCAGAACACGGCAACACAGUCGACAGUGACCCUCGUUGACGGGGAGCCGAUCCAGCGCACGAAGGGCGGUAAGAUGUACAAGAUCGUCACACGAGAAUAUAUGGCGCAAGGCCAUGACGGCUUCAUACCUCUCAAGGGAAAGAAUUAUCUCGUAGACGACGAGAGCGGGCAACUCAUGAGCGCCAUUGUCCGCAAAUACUUGCUGGGCUGCCGCUUCGUGAACCGCCUCUCACGCAUGGCCAGCAUGCACUCAUUGCAACUCCUCGACCCAGAGACCCCUGCGGUCAUCUCUCGCGAGAGAGCCCGCCAAUCGCACGCUUCGCGCCGCUCUCGUUCCAAGUCCAAGGACAGGCUCUCGGGGACGCGUGCCAAGAGCCCGGUAGGUACGCUCAAGGAUGCGUCUUCUCCUCGCUCAUUGAGCCCUGGGCGGGCUAUUGGCGACUUGUGGAGACGCGCCGCGGGCAUCGCUCUGCGAUGGUCGCGUGGACACUACCGCGACCAUAUGCGCAUCUCGGGGCGCGAACACAUGAGUGAAGUCGACUGCUUCGAUGGCGAGACGAUGAGGAAGGGGAAGUUUGACAAGGAUCGAACGAAGGAAGAGAGCCAGGACACUGAGAAGAAACAAGGCAAGGGAGGGGAGGAGAAUGCAGAGCUGACUGGCUCGGGGGAGGACCUGGCAACCAUUCAUCCUAUCGUGGACGGUAGACUGAAGGAUGAAGGAAGGAAGUGA